AGUAACAGUAUGGCGGUGCAAGGGCUGGUCUUAGAUGUCAACAACAGACAGCAGGACACAGUAACAAGCAGCAAAAAAAUGAAACUCAAAUAACAGCCCUUUAAAAUAAACAUGAGCAACAUGCAGCGUGGAGCUCUGCACCAAGAGCAGGGCUCCAGGGGUGUUUACCGCCCUCCACACACUCCUGACAUGGCUAUUGUCAAGCAGUCGGAGUUCACGCCGAGCCCCCACCUGUUGGACCACGGCUACGGAGCGACGCCGCUCAGCCAGAUAGUGUAUUCGACGCCUGCGCAGGCGCCUCCUGUCAAGCGCAAGCUCAACCUCGAAUCGCACCGGUUCGUCGUGCCGCUGGGGCACCAGCACGAGUUCAAGCAGCCGCAGCCCAAGAAGCCGAAACGGCAGGCGCAGACCAAGAAGAACACCAGGUACGACACGUCCCUGAGCCUCCUAACGAAAAAAUUCUCCGACCUGAUCGAGCGCUCUCCGAACGGCGUCGUCGACCUCAACCGAGCGUCGCAGGAGCUCGGCGUCCAAAAGCGACGCAUCUACGACAUCACCAACGUGCUGGAGGGCAUCGGCAUUCUGGAGAAGAAGUCCAAGAACAACAUACAGUGGAAGGGGUGCCGGUCGCAGAACGGGCGGUACGUGGCGUUGAGCAAACAGCUGAGGAAUCUCGACGAUCUGGAGAACGGCUUGGACAGGAUGAUCGGGUCGGCCGAGAGCGAGCUCAGGAAACUGAACAGUGACGGGUACGGCUACGUGACUUAUCAGGACCUGCGCUCGAUCGACGCCUUUCGUCACAAGACUGUCAUGGCGAUCAAAGCGCCGCCGCAUACGCAACUCUCCGUACCGACCACCGCCGGCCGCCUCCAGGACAAGUACAACAUCCAGAUGAAGAGCGACCACGGCGAGAUCGAGGUGUUCCUCUGUCCGGAGCACGUGCCGCCUCCGCCACCGCCGCCCAAGCCGAAGCCGGUGCCGCCGAUGGAUUCGCUGCUGCGCGACAUCAAGCUCAGCCCGGGGCUCUUCGAUAUCACCACCACGCCGCCAGUGCCUCUGCUAGACAGUCCGAUACCGCCGCCGCCGCGCAGGCCCAUCUCCUCGCAGAUAUGCAGAAGCCUGUCCUUCUCCUCCAAAGACCACUUCGAUCCGGGCCCCAGCACCAGUCGAGCCGUGCCGCAGCAGCAGCAGCAGAAGCACAACCAGAUGCCGCCCCUGCAACGCGCACCCCACUCCCACUCCUCCCACUCGCAGCACCAGGACGUGAUGGACCAAUUGUCGACGCUCGACAUGGGGUACGCGCAUCACGUGACGGACGGCAACAGGUUGGCGACGGUGAAGACGGAGCCUGCGCUGAUCCACGAGGGCGGCGGGCUCGGGCCCAUGGUGGGCCGGUUUAAUUUUAGUACACAGACUGAACAUACUAGUAAUUUAGGAGUUAUGGACCCUCUAUUCUGUAGUAGCGAACUUGUACCUUUAGAGCCGUUAAUGCAAUCCGAAUACAAUUUUAGUUUGGAUGCCACGGAAGGCCUAGCCGAUCUCUUCGAUUAUGAUUUUUUAUCUUGUUGAAAAAAUACGAACCUGCUCAUCCAACUGUGUACAAAAUAAAACAAAUAUUUAGUUAAGAUUAUUAUUAGUUUGACGGAUAUGGCAGAGUUCACACUAGUGACAGCCAAUGAAUUGAAAACACGACGGAAUAUAAAAUUGUUGUCCUUUUAUACACCUUUUACAGUGGACCAGAUUAUAUACUUGUGUUUGAUUAGUUCGGAAUUGCAGCAAAUUGUUUGAACAAAAUGUUUAUGAAAGUGAUUGAUGUGUAAUCUAUUGCAAACACAAUUUUUUCUUCUUUACAAUUUUGUUGAGAUUUAACAAAAAAUGUCUUUCAUAAGGCUUUCUUUACCGAAAUUCCCAGAAUAAACCUGUAAGGAACCACAAAAAUGUACAUAAUUUUUUAAAAAAUAUUUCGAAAUUGACAAAUCAAAUAAUAAAAAUUGUCUGAUCUUAAUGAAUGAUUGCUGACAUAUUGAAUAAUUUUUCCAUUAAAAUAAGACGAAAUAAUUGAAGAUUUUUGUUGUUACAUCAAGUGCUUGAGCGUUUUCUUAUGAACCAGGCAAAAUAUUCGGAAAAAUUGAAUUUUGGGAGUCUUCAAAGAUAAUUAUAGACUGAAAAGCUUCUUGCAAUUUUGUUGUGCAAUUUGAAUUUUUAGUGACUCCUAUCUUUUGUCUGUUCAUAAGAUUAACAGCAUUCAUAGAUAAAGGCACCGUUCAGUGUUUAUUGUCUGGUACAUAUCACAAGAACUACCAUUGUAUAAUAUUUUUCAAUUAGUUGAACAUUGUAUGUUUAUAUUUUUAAAUUUAUCAAGGGAUAUCAAUGUUUUAAAGUUAUCUGUUUUUCGACCGUUUCCUUAGUUACACUUUCAACAAAAUGAUUGUACUUAUAUUGGUGUUUCUUUAAUGUCGUUAGCAAAUUUUAAUAUAUUUAUUUACAAUUUUUUUGUUGUUUUUUCUUCUUUUCUAUCUUUUUUUUAACGAUUCAUUAGUGUAUCACAGAAUUUUCUUAAAUACUAAUCAAAAUAAUAAUCAGAAGCAUUGAAGCCUUCAAUAUUGAUUUUGUAUGAUUGAUGAAAUUAAUGAUAAUAAAUAUUAAUGAAGAAUAACUUUAAGGUAUAGAUUGAAUGAGUUAUUUUUUGUUUUGCGGUUUUACCAAGGGUUUUGAAUGAUGUUUUGUAAGUUGUUUUGUAUUUGUAUGAUUUUAUAUAUGAAAUGUUUUAUUUUGGAUUGUGGAAAACUAGUGUUUCUUGUUUUGAUGUUAUAAAUUUUGAAAAUUGGUGCUAGAUGAAAAAGUUUGCAAGUUUCACUAUUUUUGAUCGCUCGACUUCUCAAAAUCAUAUAUUACCAGAACGUUUUGAUGAAUUCGAGUUGAAAUUUUGAGCAGAAUAGUUAUAUCGUACUCUUGAUGCAUUGUUAAAAAUUGUAGGAAUUUUACCCAUCAAAUGGUACAAAUGUGUGCUCUGCCAUAGUCCGCAUCCCUGUAUAUUUAUUUGUUAUUAUUUGGGUGAAUAUGAGAAAAUACUAGAUUUUUUACAAGUUAUAGUGGAAACAAAUGAACAUUAUAGACCAAAGUGCCUCCUUUGAUUUUGGUCCUCAUAUUUUAAUACAUCUUGUAAGCGUUUUUAUAUAAUAUAAUUUAUUGUUCCAUUAAAAAUUUGGUUUAACAC